GGGGUAGGUAGGUAUCCGUAGAGCCAACUCUUCAAAAAGGCAGCAUGUCAUGGUGCGGCGUGCCCUGGAGCUGGGGGCAGGUUGGCACAAUGGGCCUGGGCUGGACGCAUGGGGGUGGCCUCCGCUCUCCUAUGACCCCAUGUAUCGGUACCUGCGUGUGUCUGCUUUCCCUUGAUGCGCCGUCAGCGAGAGACUCUGGGCCGUUUCUCCGCAUUGUACUGGAUCGCAUCAAACCGCCCCCCUGGCUGCGUGAUCCUGGGAAAGAAGCUCAAGAGCCAAUGCACGGAAGCCCUGCCUCGUUCGAUUUCGGCCUAGGACGAGGGAGAGAACAGCCCGACGAUGACAUGCUCUGCUCCACUUGGGGAGGACCAAGAUUGCGCUAUCCGUACCAGCCUAGGUAGGUAUGUAUGCCCAUGUCAAUCAAGGCC